UUGCUGCACGUAAGCUAUACCUGAUAUAAGUCCCUCGUAUAGAUUGUUGUGCGUUUAGGGGUUCCUCGAUUUAAGUCUCAAAAUCAUCAUUAGUUCAAUCCCGCGCGAGAUCACAUGACCAAAAUGUUAUUACAUAGAACUAGAGACUCGGCACAAUCUGCUGCCCACUGUGCCCUGCAACACAUUUAUAUCAAUACAUAGCCAUCAAUUAAGACGCUUCAUAUUUACACCUUAAAGUUGGAUGAUGUCUUCCACCAGGGGCGCUCUCCAUUUCCCGGCAACUGAGCGCUCCAAGUUAGAUGAAUACCUACCGACCAAGAGUUCCAUUGCAGCUGCACACUUGCAGUCACUUCCUUAUACAACAGUCACAUACGCUACUUCUAUGGACUCUCAAAUUACUAUUCUCCCCGGAAUAGGCUCACCGAUAUCCGGACCGGACUCAAAGGCCAUGACGCAUUAUCUGAGGUCUAAACAUGAUGCUAUAUUAAUUGGUGUCAAUACUGCAAUUGCGGAUAAUCCGAGUUUGAACUGUAGGCUAGAAGGCGUAGGAGGUUAUGGAGGAGGAGAUACUUUGGAGGGGCAGCCGAGACCAGUCAUAAUUGAUCCAAAAGGUAGAUGGGAUUUCGGAAAAGAUAGUAAGGUUUUUAGCUUAGUGAAAGACGGCAAAGGCAAAGCACCUUGGAUUAUUACCGCGCAGCAGGAAAAUAAGAUUUCAUCUCAGAAAAGAAAUUUCCUAGACGAGGCAGGUGGAAAAUUCUUAUUCUUGCCACCGGACGAAACAGGAAAGUUCUUUUGGGGGGAUAUUUUACGAGGGCUCCGCGAUGAAGGUAUUGAAAGCCUGAUGAUUGAAGGAGGUGCUGGGAUUAUUAAUGAUAUGCUGGCUAGGAGUCAGAAUCUAAUAAGUUCUAUCAUAGUAACUAUUGCGCCGGUAUGGCUUGGAAAGGGGGGAGUUAUCGUUACUCCUGAGAGAGAAAACCGGGAGAAGGAGGCACUUAGAAUGAAAGAAGUGAAGUGGAUUCCUCUGGGAGAGGACGUUGUUUGUUGUGGGAGGGUUUCUAUUCCUCAACGAGAAAUCUAGGUCAUGUCAUAUCGGCAGGCUCCAGCCUUUUCACCACAACGGGUCUUCAUGGUAUUGAGUUACACCUGUUUCAGAGCAUAACAGCGAUCUCACACGUGAAUAUCAUUUUUCACUCGGGCGCAAUUGAGUUGGCAAUUAUAUGUUCCGUUGAUGUAUCUCACCAUCUGCAAGGAUCCACGCCCCUACCAUCACCUCCCAUGCUCACGAUGAUGGGCCUACCACGAUCUAUACCUUGUGCUUCCUGCUUGUCUGUACCCCAUUUUAUCUGAAUGGACGAGCAUGGUUUACUAGUUCUGAGUGGCGCGGAAAUUUCGAAUUUAACGCAGAUACUUUGGAACCGGCGGUGAAUACUCGAAUUUGUUUACAUGAAGCACGUACUUACGCCCGUGAAGCUAUCAUAUGAAUGGUAGAAAUUGGGCGAUAAAAUUUUGAAGUGCGUAGAUGGCAAGCUUCUAGUCAAUGCUUUAUCAUGAUUCGGGUGCCGAAGCCAGGACUGACUGACUGACUGACUACCAAUGUGGUUGGUACCCUUUUAUAGCGCAAGAUUUCAAGUGAAAAGU